AUGGCGGAAGGCACGAAGGCGCAGGAGAGGUUCGCCCUCAUCCAGGAGAACUUGGCCGAGAUCAUGAACCCCGAAAUCAUCGAGAAGAUCUUGGCCGAGGGACGCAACCCGAAGAUCUACUGGGGAACCGCGACAACGGGCAGACCGCACUGCGGCUACUUUGUCCCGGCGAUCAAGCUGGCACAGUUCCUCGCCGCCGGCUGCGAAAUGACUGUCCUCCUCGCCGAUAUCCACGGCUUCCUCGACAACCUCAAGGCCCCUAUCGAGCUCGUCGAGCAGCGCGCCAAGUUCUACAAGUUCGCCAUCACAAACAUCCUCAAAGCUGUCGGCGUCUCCACGGAGAAGCUCAAGUUCGUCCUUGGCAGCUCCUACCAGAAGAGCCCCGAGUACAUCAUGGAUGUCUACAAGAUGAGCUCGCUCAUUAGCGAGAGGGAUGCGAAGAAGGCUGGCGCCGAAGUCGUGAAGCAGUCUGACAACGCCCCCAUGAGUGGUCUGCUGUAUCCGGUGCUUCAGGUCUGCGACGAGGAGCACCUUGGCGUUGAUGCUCAGUUCGGAGGCAUGGAUCAAAGAAAGUUGUUCGCUGCCGCCACCGAAUGGCUACCCAAGGUUGGAUACCAAGUGCGCGCGCAUUUGCUGAACCCCAUGGUUCCGGGGUUGAAUGGCGGAAAGAUGAGCUCAAGUGACCCUGACAGCAAGAUCGAUCUUCUCGAUGCCCCUGAGGUUGUGCAGAAGAAGCUUCGCAAGGCCGAGUGCGUGCCCAAGGUUGCCGAGGGCAAUGGUGUUCUGUCCUUCGUCGAGUAUGUCCUGCUCCCGGCCGCGGCGCUGAAGGGCAAGAAGGAGUUCCGCGUUGAGCGCGAGCGCGAUGGUCUCGAGACCCUGGUCUACACCGGCAUCACACAAAUGCACGAGGACUACAAGAACGACGUGUUGACGCCCCAGCUGCUGAAGCCCGCCGUGACGAAGGCCCUGAACGAGCUUCUGGCACCCAUCCAGGAGGCGUUCCAGGUCUCCAAGGAGUGGAAGGAGGUUACGGAGAAGGCCUAUCCCCCGGUCGAGGACGAUAAGAAGAAGAAGAAGAAGCAGCCCAAAGACAAGGGCUCUCGCUACCCCGGCGGCGGCAAGGGUCCCGCACAGGACGGAGCUGCCAAGGAGACGGAGCUUCCUGUGCGCCCGGCCGAGGGCCAGUGA